GUGCGGUACUUUUCGUCAUCUUCUUCCUGGCUGGGACCAUGGCACACACGUUCUAUGCAUGGAGAUACCGAGCAAAGUACUUCACGGCUUUGAUCGUCGGUUGCGUCUUUGAAGCAGUUGGAUACAUUGCCCGCGCUUUGUCUCAUUCACAUCCAAAGCUGCUCGGCCCGUACAUUAUGCAAAGCAUGCUUAUCCUCAUCGCCCCUCCACUAUUCGCUGCGACCAUCUACAUGACACUCAGCCGAAUCAUACGGCUCACUCGCAUUUUUGUCAUCAGCGAUGUACUCUGUUUCCUGAUCCAGGGCAACGGAGGAGGAUUGCAGGCUAUCGGGACACUCCACAUGUACAGCCUCGGGGCCGACAUUGUCAUCGCCGGACUGGUGCUGCAAAUCGUCGUCUUCUGCCUCUUCGUGGCUGUGGCAGUCAGCUUCCACUUGCGUCUCCGCAAGCAGCCGACCGCUGGCGGUGCAUGCCCUCCACUGGACUGGGAAAAGCACAUGUACACUCUGUACGUUGCAAGUGCAAUGAUACUGCUCCGAAACCUUGUCCGCGUCAUCGAAUACGCUCAAGGCAACGAUGGCUUUGUCGUCUCCCAUGAAAGCAUGCUAUACAUAUUUGAUGCGUGUAUGAUGUUGGCUGUCGUUGUUCUGCCUUUGGUCAUUCAUCCUGGUCAAAUUCUCGGACGCGCCAAAGCAGGAGACCGUAACUCAGGACAUGACCACCUGCUCCAGCCGGUCGACAAGACACGAUCAAUUAUCUUCUGGAAGAAA